UUUAAAAGUAGGUAGUUUUCGUGAGACAUGUCCCACAAGUCACCAAAUUCCCUCCAAAUUACGGGCUGCAAAACAAGCGAGAUUAUGAGAAAUGAAACUAACAAAAGCCUACACUAUCCUCAACAACAGAACCAACGUAAUACCCAUCAAAACCAUAAAAACCAGCACACUUGGUCUUGCCUUAUAAGGAAACACUUAUCUCAAGGAUCACAUAAGGAAGCCUUUGUUAUAUAUAAGCAAAUUCGAUACAAAGGAACUUACAUAUUGGGGUUAGUCCCUUUGAUUCUCAAGGCCUGCGCUUCUACCUCUGUUGUAAAAUAUGGGAAAUGUUUACAUGGUGAGGCCAUAAAAAAUGGGGUGGAUUUUGAUCUGCUAAUUGGAACUUCAUUGAUUGACAUGUAUGCGAAAUGCAGGGAUCUAUAUAAUUCACGUAAAGUGUUUGAUUUUAUGCCUGAUAGAAAUGCUGUAACGUGGAAUGCAAUGAUUGGUGGAUAUGUUAGGAAUGGAGAUAUGAAAUCUGCGUCAGUUUUGUUUGAGAAAAUGUCUACAAAAACGGCAGUGACUUGGAUUGAGAUAAUUGAUGGGUUCGCUAGGACUGGAGAUUUGGUUACUGCUAGGUGCUUUUUUGACCAGGUACCAUCUCAGUUGAAGAAUGUGGUGACAUGGACUGUAAUGGUUGAUGGCUAUGCAAGCAAAGGACAAAUGAUAGAUGCAAGAAUACUUUUUGAAAAAAUGCCAGAGAGGAAUUUCUUUGUAUGGUCAUCAGUGAUUUCUGGGUAUUGCAAGAUAGGUAAUGUAAAGGAAGCUAAAACUAUUUUUGAUAAAAUUCCGGAUAGGAAUUUGGUAAAUUGGAACUCUUUGAUUUGUGGCUAUGCACAAAAUGGAUUUUGUGAGGAAGCCAUGGAAGCAUUUGGAAAAAUGCAAGCUGAUGGCUUUGAACCUGAUGAAAUAACAAUUGUGAGUGUAUUAUCUGCUUGUGCUCAGCUAGGUCUACUGGAUGUUGGUAAAGAUGUUCACCAAAUGGUGUAUGAUAAACGGAUAAAGCUGAAUCAGUUUGUUAUGAAUGCAUUAGUUGACAUGUAUGCAAAAUGUGGUGAUUUAGCUAAUGCAAGAUUAAUCUUUGAAGGAAUGACCAUAAAAAACAAUGCCUGUUGGAAUGCUAUGAUAUCAGGUUUUGCCAUUCAUGGGCAGUGCAAAGAAGCUCUUGAAUUUUUCAGGAGGAUGGAAGAGUCAAAUGAGAAACCUGAUGAGAUAACAUUUCUAUCUGUUCUUUCAGCUUGUGCGCAUGGGGGUUUUGUCGAUGAAGGUUUAGAUAUUUUCCCUAAAAUAGAAGAGCGUGGGUUAGUAGCAAAAAUUAAGCAUUAUGGCUGCAUGGUUGAUCUUCUUGGGCGUGCAGGAAGACUACAAGAUGCCUAUACUUUGAUUAAGAGAAUGCCAAUGAUACCGAAUGAUGCAGUUUGGGGUGCUUUGCUUGGUGCUUGUCGAGUUCAUAUGGAUAUGGAUAUGGUGCAAAAGGUGAUAGAUGAUGUGACUAGACAAGAUUGCACCAUUGAUUCUGACAAUGAUCCACAUUAUGUGCUCCUCUCAAAUAUAUAUGCUGCUUCUGAUAGUUGGGAGAAGGCUGAAAGGAUGAGAGUGGUUAUGGAGAACAAAGGAUUUCUAAAGACUCCUGGACGCAGUUCAGUUAUGCUUGUCAAUGGAGACCAAUAUCUUUAGAGAGAUGAAUAGAUGAUUAUUACCUCUUCCCAAUCUUGAGGCACUGAAAAGGAGUAAGGGAUAAUUGGACUCCAUCCAACACCAUGGCCUCCAGAUUUAUCAUCCGGCCUACG